AUGCCACCUCGCGUUCUUCCCGUUAUCGUCGUCGAGUUGUACCGCGACUAUCUGACGGAGCUCGCGCGCCGCGGCUUCGACAACCUGAGCGCGGGGGGCGACCGCGUGUCGAUCAGCACGCCGCGAAAGGUGUGGGCCACGCUGCGGGCGCUGGCAAAGGACGGCGAAUCGGACGGGGCUGCGGCGGUCGCGGAUGGCUUCGAGGCGCCCCUCUUUGGCGCGCCCGUCGUCGGCCAGGUCACCACGCUGCCGCUCGAGGGCGAGGACGGCCCUCUGGCAUCGAUCAAACCACUCGGCGUCACAAGCGAUCGCGCGGGCGCUUGGUACGUCGGGAGCAAGGGCUCGGUGCUGCACGUCUCUGCGGCCGGCCGAGUUCGCAGCGUGGCAAGCCUGGAGGACGCCAGCCUCCGCGGCAUCGCCAUUAGCCCGGACGCCAGCGCGCUGUUUGUGGCGGACAUGUUCAACCACAAGAUCCGCCGGGUGGAGGUGGCGACGGGCGCGGUGACCACUCUCGCGGGCAGCGGCACCGUGGGCAGUGCUGAAGGCGUGGGCGGCGCGGCGCAGUUCACUGUCCCAAGCGGCGUCGCCAUCAGCCCAGACAGCAGCGCUCUGUUUGUGGCUGACUCACACAACCACAAGAUCCGGCGGGUGGAGGUGGCGACGGGCGCGGUGACGACGCUCGUGGGCAGCGGCACCGAGGGCAGCACUGAUGGCGUGGGCGGCGCGGCGCAGUUCUACAGCCCAAUCGACGUCGCCAUUAGCCCGGACGGCAGCGCUAUGUUUGUGGCGGACUUCGGCAACCACAAGAUCCGCCGGGUGGAGGUGGCGACUGGUGCGGUGACCACUCUCGCGGGCAGCGGCACUCGCGGCAGCACUGACGGCGUGGGCGGCGCGGCGCAGUUCCACCUCCCAAGCGACGUCGCCAUCAGCCCGGACGGCAGCGCGCUGUUUGUGACAGACGCCAACAACCACAAGAUCCGGCGGGUCGAGGUGGCGACGGGCGCGGUGACGACGCUCGCUGGCAGCGGCACCGAGGGCAGUGCCGAUGGCGUGGGCGGCACGGCGCAGUUCCGCAACCCACUCGGCGUCGCCGUCAGCGCCGACGGCAGCACGCUGCUGGUUUGCACGAAAGACGGUGGCCUCCGCCAGGUUUGCGUGUCGGCGCCUCCUCCGCCUCCCACCUUCGCGCCGAUUGUGGUGCCGCCCUCGACCCUGGUGGCCGACCUCGGAAAGACUUGUGGCGACGCCUCCCUCCCAGAGGGCAAGGUCACCUUCAUCGUCGGCGAUGACGAGGAGCGCUACGAGCACGUGAGCAAGUGCGUCCUCUGCGUGCGGUCCGUGUUCUUUCGGACCAUGUUCGGCAUCGGCAUGAAGGAGCGCGACGCCGCCGAGGUCACGGUGCGCAACACGGACCUCGCCACCUUCACCGCCCUCGUCCGCUACCUCUGCACCGACCAGCUCGACCUCGGCGAGGAGGGGGGCGGCAGAGCGCAGCGCGCGCUCGACCUGCGGCAGCUGGCGCAGAUGUACCAGGUGCCGCGCCUCGAGCUGCUCUGCGCGCAGGCGCUGCAGGAGAGCGUCGGGCCGGCGAGCGCCGUGCCGCUGCUCGAGGCGGCGCACAUGACGGGCGAUGGGCGGCUCCUCGCGCAGUGCCGCCGCUACGUGGCCGACAACGCCGCCGAGGUGCGGGCGAGCGGCGGCGUGGAGCAGCUGCGCGACCUCGGCGUGGCCAAGGGGCUGCUCGGCGACGCGCUCGACCAGGUGGCGGAGCUCAAGGGGAACCGCACGCAGGGCUGA